AUAAACAAAAUAAAAAUAUUUGCUCUGUGAUCGAGUGAAUAAGGGGGAAUCGUACUCGUUUGGCCUCGGCGUCACAUCUGUCGGAACGCAGUUUAAAUGUGUAGCCGACCAGCCAGCGGUUCUGUUGCACUGCACUCCAUGUAGUUCAGCUCCAGCCCGGGUUCUGUUUAGUUCCGAUUUCUUCAUCGCUUGCCUGGGAAAAGGAUCAGUUUAAGCCUUCAAAAUGCAGAGCACGACAAAUUACUUGUGGCUGAUCUCUGAUCUGCUGGGCCAGGGCGCAACAGCAAAUGUUUACCGUGGAAGGCACAAGAAAACGGGGGACCUAUAUGCAGUAAAAGUGUUUAACAACCUGAGCUUUCUGAGACCACGGGAUGUCCAGAUGAGAGAGUUUGAGGUGCUGAAGAAGUUGAACCACAAGAACAUUGUCAAGCUCUUUGCAGUGGAGGACGAGUCCAACACCCGCCACAAGGUGCUUGUUAUGGAGUAUUGCCCCUGUGGGAGUCUCUACACGGUGCUUGAGGAAUCCUCUAAUGCGUAUGGACUACCAGAGGAUGAGUUCCUCAUAGUUCUACAGGAUGUGGUGGCCGGCAUGAACCAUCUGAGAGAGUACGGCAUUGUGCACCGUGACAUCAAACCGGGAAACAUCAUGCGUGUUAUUGGUGAGGACGGCCGGUCUGUUUACAAGCUGACCGACUUCGGCGCAGCCCGAGAGCUGGAGGAUGAUGAGCAGUUUGUUUCUCUCUACGGCACUGAAGAGUACCUGCAUCCUGACAUGUAUGAGAGGGCUGUGCUACGGAAGGACCAUCAGAAGAAAUACGGGGCCACGGUGGACCUGUGGAGUAUUGGUGUUACUUUCUACCAUGCUGCCACAGGAAGCCUCCCCUUCCGACCCUUUGAAGGACCACGCAGGAAUAAGGAAGUAAUGUAUAAGAUCAUCACUGAAAAGCCAUCUGGGACCAUCUCUGGCCAGCAGAAAUUUGAGAAUGGAAAGAUCGAGUGGAGCACAGAGAUGCCUGUGUCCUGCAGCCUCUCCAAGGGCCUGCAGAGCCUGCUGACCCCUGUGCUGGCCAACAUCCUGGAGGCUGACCAGGAGAAGUGCUGGGGCUUUGACCAAUUCUUUGCUGAGACCAGUGACAUUCUGCAUCGCACCGUGGUCUACGUCUUCAGUCUGCAGCAAGCCACGCUGCACCACGUCUACAUCCAUGAAUACAACACGGCCACGCUGUUCCAGGAGCUGCUCUCCCGCAGGACCAGCAUUCCACCUCAUAACCAAGAGCUGCUGUACGAGGGCCGACACCUCGUACUGGACCCCAACCGCCAGGCCAAGACCUUCCCCAGGACCACCAGGGACAACCCCAUCAUGCUGGUAAGCCGUGAGUGUGUGGCCACCGUGGGACUCAUCUUCGAAGACCCCAGCCCCCCUAAAGUCCAGCCUCGCUACGACCUAGACCUGGAUGCCAGCUAUGCAAAGACUUUUGCAGGCGAUGUUGGACACCUGUGGAAGACCUCAGAGUGGCUGCUGGUGUAUCAGGAGCUGGUGCGGAAAGGUGUACGUGGCUUAAUUGAGCUCAUGAAGGAAGACUACAGUGAAAUAAUGCACAAGAAGUCAGAGGUCAUUCAUCUGUGUAACUACUGCACCCAGAUUCUGGAGAGGACUGAACAGCUGUUUGAGGUGCUGAUGCAGGCCAACAUGCUGUCAACAGAAUACGAUGAGAUCUCAGACAUGCAUAAGAAGGUUGUCAGAAUAUCCAGCUCCUUGGAGCCCAUGGAGAGGACGACGCAGGACAUCAAGAGCAAGUUCCUGUCAGGGGGCCUGCUUACCGACACCUGGACACAGCAAGUGGGCACCCACCCCGAGGACAGGAACGUGGAGAAAAUCAAGGUGCUGCUGGACGCCAUCACCGCCAUCUAUCAGCAGUUCAAGAAAGACAAGGCUGAGCGCCGUCUGCCUUACAACGAGGAACAGAUCCAUAAGUUUGACAAACAAAAGCUGGUCCUCCAUGCCAGCAAGGCCAGGUCCCUGUUUACAGAGGAGUGUGCCAUGAAGUAUCGCCUGUUCAUCUCUAAGAGCGAGGAGUGGAUGAGAAAGGUGCAUCAUGUGAGGAAGCAGUUGCUGGCUCUUUCCAGUCAGCUGAUCAGCAUUAAAAAGGAGGUCACCAUGCUCAUGGAGAGGGUCAUCAAGCUGCAAGAACAGCUGCCUCAGAAAAUGUUGCCCCUGGUGUCCAGCGGGAUCAAACCGCAGCCCUACCUGAGUCAGAACACACUGGUGGAGAUGACUCUUGGGAUGAAGAAACUAAAAGAGGAGAUGGAGGGAGUCGUGAAGGAGCUGGCAGAGAACAACCACUUUCUGGAGCGUUUCGGUACCUUGACGUUGGACGGAGGGCUGAGAAACGUUGACAGGAUCUGAGAGAAGUGACUUCCUGUCCCGCCGCGCUGCACUAGCAAGACAAGCGUCCCGUGAAGAUUGCCAACGAUACGUGUUGUACAUAAGCUGUCUGAAUGUGUGUAUAUACUGAGUCCACCCACCAACAGCCUCGCUUUUGUAUGGACCAGCAUCAUCUCCUUCUUUCUGGUUUACCGGUUGUUUAUGGAAGUAGCAGAAGGAAGAUGCGGCGCUCCUCUUCAUCAGGACUCUCCCUGUGGCUUGUCUGAACGUGAGGAUGCUGAGCUGGUGUCUUGCUGCAGUCUAUGUGGCCUAUUGUUGCUUCAGAUGCCUUUAGUUGCACUUCCUUCCCAUGAUGCUACUGCAGGAGUAUCGACUCGUGUUUAACCUCGGUAAUCUUCCACAUAGUCACGUAGAGUCCUGCAAUAAGAUUAGGUGUCAACUUUAUUUAUUGCUUUUAAAGCUCAGCCGACAGUCAUCAUUUAACUUGUUUUGCUUGUAAUACCAAAGCCUGCUGGGUGUGGGAGCGAUGGGAGGUUCCUGAGGUUAUGUCCUGUGUGCAGAACAUCAGAGCAGUGGUCGUGGCCAUGGGCACAGGAAAGCCUAGUGUGCAGGGUGUGUGGGGGGGGGCUGUGCAGAAACCACUCCUCUCAUCAGUAUUUGGUUUGCUCUGGAGAAGCUGUAAUUCUGCGUUUUGUUAAGAAUCAUGCAUAAAAGACUGUUUGAAAACUGUAAAUAAACAUCUUGUA